GGUGAAAGUCAAGCCCAGGCACAAUGGACUUGGAAGUCAGACAGAAGGGCUGAGGUUUGAUGGCCUUGAUGACACUACAGGUCUGAUGCUGCUGUCAUUCCCACGGGGAAUCCCACCCCUAGGCUGUGUAACAGUCCAUUACAGGCUUAUGAGGUGCAGGAUUCAUCACCUACCUCUGCUGCUCAGCCCGCUUCUACCGGUGGGUCUGCUGGAGGAUUUAAUUUUCGGAAAGUGACAGUGGAGCCAGUGCUCUUUGUGCACAACAUGUGUUCCCAGAUGAUGUGGUUGGCAUCACAAGACCUGCAAGUUGACAAAGCAUGUGCUGUAAAUGUUGGGUUGAGUGACAGGAUCUGCUCAGACUUGAGGCACCACUCGCAGGACCAGAGCACUGUGAUGGAUGUAGUGAGCAGCCUGCUAAUGUACCGCUCAAUCUUUGAGACCUCUAUCAAGGCUGUGUGGCUGCUGAUGCUGGGAUCGUGGAGUGACCGCUACAGUAGACAACUUCCUCUCAUUAUUUCCAUCUGUGGCCUUUUGGGAGAGGCAUUGGUGUACCUGAUCAUCUCAUUCAUGCCAUCAUUGCCUGUGGAGAGUGUCCUUCUGGCCUCUGUGCCCUACUCCCUUAGUGGGGGCACUCAUGCACUUCUCAUGAUCUGUUUUGCUUACUUGGCUGACACCUCAAAAUCUGUGAAGCGCACAUUCCGUAUGGGCCUCCUGGAUGCGGCCUACUACCUUGGCUCCCCAGUGGGUCUGGCACUGGUUGAUCCUCUGAUGGCGGCUGGUGGCUACCGAGCUGUCUAUAUUUUUGUCAUGGCCUUUUAUGCAGCAACUAUUGUUUAUGUGGUUGUGAGAUUCCAUGGUGAGAGGAGGAAAGUAGACAACACAGAACAUCAAGUUAAGAGGAACUGCCAGCAGUGCCAAGAAUCUUGUGACGUGGGCCACUUAUACCAGGCAGUGCAAGUGACAGUACAGCCACGAGCUCACCAUGUGACUGCUUAUAUUCUCCUCCUUAUUCUAGCAAUGUUAUUAGAUGCUUUGCCUGUGUGGGGUGAAGGCAAUGUGAAAUACUUAUUCACUCAGGAAGCCAUGGGCUGGAACCACACUCAGUACAGUCACUGGGGCACAUUUUCAUCUUUACUCAGUGUUUGUGUGAUGGUGGUGGUGGUUCCCUUACUGAGUCUGGUGGCCCAUGUUUCUGAUGGCUGGAUUGGGGUGCUCGGAGGCAUCUCGCGCACUGUAGGAAGUAUAUUUUAUGGCUGUGUCACCUCCAGUAGCCUAUCAUGGCUGAUGUGGGCAGGUGCGGUGUUUGGCAGUGGUAAAAAUAUGGCUCCUGUUGCUAUUCGUUCCUUGCUCUCUAAACUGUCUGGCAGUCAUCAAGUUGGUCAAGUGUUUGCUGUGAUGGCCAUGGCAGAGACACUGGUGGUUCUGGGCGCUGCCCCACUCUACAAAACUGUCUACUCUGCAACAAAUGAUUACCGCCCAGCCACCUACAAUUUUCUUUCAGUUGGCUUUAACUUGCUACUGACAGCCAUUCUAUUAGGUAUCACAUUACAGUUAAAGAAAGUGUGGAUGUUCUUGUCAGUAUCAGGUGGAGAACUUUUCUCUCAGAACAUUACUAAGCCUCCCAGCUCCCAGUCUUCUCAUAGACAAAACUGUGAGGUACAGACUCCAGAAAGCAUCUCCUAAUUAAAAAGUCAAUGACUUGGAACUCGCUGAAGAGGAUGAUGAAGCGGCUUGCUUGCCAAAGAAACCAUGGUCUGGAUUCAACAGAUUCCAGUGUUUGACCUGCACCAAACUGUGCCAGCCUCCUGCCUGCCCAGGAUACAAGUGACCUCUAAAUUGCCCCAAAAAACAGUUCUAACCAGGCAAAAGUGGUUCCAAAAUAGUCUAAAUAAAAAUAACCUAAAAA